CUCUGUCACAUGCUGUUGUAGGGUCUCCUGUGUUUAAUGAUCUGAUAGCUCUGAUUGCCAAAAUGUCGACCACGAGUACCGUCUUGGUUGUUGAGCAGUCGACUCCAGCACGAAGCGAACGAUUCGAGAUUGACAGACACCGAGCCAGUGUUCUGGACACUGAAUCAGACCGUGCACAAGUUCCCGUGUACUCGAGGUUCACCAAUGCAGAAAAACGAGGCAUCACGGCCCUAUUGGCCUUUUGCGGCGUGCUCGCCACAAUGUCCACGACUAGUAUUUUCGCCGCUAUCCCGGAAAUUGUCCAAGAAUACAAAACCACGGCGACGAUUGUUAACAUGAGCGGCGCCAUAUACUUGGUUUUCAUGGGCCUAUCUUCUUGCAUUUGGGGACCAGCGGCUGAUAUCUUUGGACGUCGCAAGUCUUACCUUUGUAGCACCAUCUUGUUCUUCGCCUUCUCUCUUGGCACAGCUCUGUCGCCAACGUUGGCGUCGUUCUUCGUCUGUCGUGCAUUCACAGCAGCCCAAGGAACAGCUUUCUUAAUUUUAGGGUCCAGUUGCAUCUCAGAUAUCUACCAUCCAACUGAGCGCGCAACGUCUUUAGGUUGGUUCCUUGCCGGAACAAUGUUUGGUCCAGCGUUCGGGCCAGUCAUCGGAGGUAUUGUCGUUACCUAUAAAUCCUGGAGAAUCAUCUUCUGGAUGCAAACCUCAAUGACCGGUGUAGCCGUGCUCUUAACAUAUUUCCUCCUACAAGAAACUUCUCAUAAUAUACGCGCUAGCAAUUUAAAGGGACAAGGAUUUACAAAUGGGGCCAAAAGAAUCUGGCGAUGGGCGAACCCAGUCACGGUGUUCAAACUUUACGCGUGCCGUAAUCUGUUAUUCGUAACACUUGCUUCCUCUGCGCUUGUAUGGAAUAUGUAUUCUCUCUUAACACCCGUGCGUUACGUGCUCAAUCCCCGCUUACACCUCACUACGCCUUUACAGUCUGGAAUGCUCUAUAUCUCACCUGGAGUUGGCUAUGUUAUCGGAGUCCAGAUUGGUGGCCGAUGGUCAGACUAUACUGUCAAGCAAUGGAUCAAAAAGCGUGGGUAUAGACUGCCAGAAGACCGACUCCGCAGCUGCUUGCUAUUCCUGGGUCUUCUUCUGCCUGCUUCCAUGAUCAUUUAUGGUUGGAUGAUUGACAAGCAUCUUGGUGGUAUACCUGUUCCUGUCAUAUGUAUGUUUUUCCAAGGUAUUGCACAGCUGGCCGCAUUCCCUAGCCUUAACGCAUACAUCCUGGAUGUGAUGCAGCAUCGAAGUGGCGAGGCCUCAGCCAGCCACUAUAUGAUGCGUUACUCCCUUGCUGGAGUUGCUACAGCAUUGUGUAUGCCAAUGUUCAAUCAUAUUGGUGUCGGAUGGAUGUCUACAGUAUCUGCUAGUCUGUUACUCGUUUCUACCACGCUGGUCUACUGGACCAUUAGAUCAGGGAAGAGCUGGCGUGAUGCUGAGGCAAUGCCUGUUGAAGAAUAGCAGGAACGUGUUAUUGGCAAACUGGAAACACAGGCUAAAGACCUUGUCCUGUCCUCGUUGGCGCUAAAAGUCUUAAAUAAAGGCUGGGCUAAAAGCGUUAACUCAUGUCUAUUAACAUACCUGCCUUGAAAGAAUUCCGAGAGAAAUAAGGGCUUGGAUAACAAAGUAUAAAGAUGGAAUCCUCAAGGAUAGGGCAAUACAUGCAUAGGAUACGACUACGAAACCUUUUCAUCAGAUACAUUCAUGCAUGGAGAUUUGUAUUUCUCGCGUAUAAGUCGAUUCAUAUGAUAUCUUUCAUGCCUAUAUUCAAUACAUAAUGCUC